UGAGAUUGGCUUUCCUAGAGCUAACAGCGCGAAUGUGUGGAUGAAAACCGCGAAAAUGAUAUCAUUAGAUGCGGUACGAGAAAUCGGUUGAUAUGAGAGAAAGACCGAAAAAUAUCCUACCAUUGCGCGUAAAAAGCAACCAGAUUUAGUAUGCAGUUUGUUAAUAUGUUUAGAAUACGGUUGAUUCAACGGUGGCGAAGAAAAGUUACAUUAACUCGAAGUAGAAUUUUGCUGGUGGAAAAACUUGGUCUCCGUGUGAUAAUUGCGAUUUUUGCUCUCAGUACACUGAACGGAAACGAUGCGGUCUCCAGUGCAGAUGGAUUGGUGGACUUGAUCGAAGAGUUCAAUAUUCCCAAACUACCGUCCGGAAUCACACCCGUUCCUGGUAUGUGCAAUGAGUCUCGCAAUGAAUAUCAGACGUACCCAUCGGCAGCAUACCACCUCAACGAGAACACAGUGCUAAGCAUCGGAACAACGCAAAUUUUUCCCGAUGCAUUUCCUACUGACUUUUCUUUGCUAGUAGUACUAAAAGCAACGCCGAAUCUAGUGCGUGCUCCUUUGUUCACGGUGUAUUCUUCCGAGUCCGAAGAAGUUCUGAUGCUGAUGGUUGGUAUGGAAGUCGCUCUUUACUAUCAGGAUACUGAUGGAAUGCCGGAGGAAGAGAGUUUAAUCAGUUUCGGAAUCAGUAUAGACGAUCAGCAAUGGCAUAGACUAGGCAUCAGCAUUAAGGGGGACUCCGUAACUUUAAUCGUAGACUGCAAUACCCAAGUCACACGGCAGCUUAAGCGAGGUCAAAAGUCACGUAUUGCCAAUGAUGGUUUGCUGUUGACCGGUGUGCAGUUGAAUGGAGAUGACGGAUUCUUUACUGGUGACAUCCAAUUGUUCAUGAUAUCGAGUACACCAGAUGAAGCAUACAAGUUAUGUACGCAAUAUGCUCCCGAUUGUGUUGGUUUAGGAUCUGGGUAUGAAGUAGUCAACAAAUUACCAAGUAGCCAAAUCCAAACUAGCCAGUUUUCAUCGAGUUUGAAUAGUUCAUCAACUCCAAACCAUCAAAGUUAUGACAGCACGAGACAACAAAUUCAAGUAAUAUCAUCGAUCAAUUCCCCUGAAGUCAGCCACCAGUAUGGAGCCCACAGAGAGUUUGUAGAUCUGACUGGGGAUGUUGAUGGGCUAGACAUUAUUGGAGAAGAUGACGAUUACUACAAUAAUCUUGAGUUAGAAGAGGGAACAAAAGUAGAAGAGCGCCAAAAUUUUAGUACAAAUAGUGCGAGAAGUCCAGUGGAUCAAAUUUUACUUGACAGAAAUAGAACCUUUCUCGACGCUCAUGAUCGAUCAGGAAGGCGACCUAUACUACCUCUACCGGAUCCAGAGUAUGACAUUUCAGCAGGCAACAAUGCUCAACCUGAAGGAGAACAGCCAAUUGAUGAAGUUGAACUCGACCGUGAUCCUGUAAUUGAAGACACUUCCGUUUCCUUUCCAAAGUUUCAAUCAGGUAACAAUUCCGUAGUGAUACGUACAAUUAUUGGCCCGAGAGGCCCACCGGGUGAACCUGGUCCGAGAGGAGAACCGGGACGAGAUGGGUUGCCAGGACAAAAUGGUCCACCGGGUCCACCAGGGCAUGUGUUCAUGGUUCCAUUGAGCCAAUCAACAAACGAGAAAGGUCCUGACACUCAAGCAGAAGCAUUUCGGCAAAUGCUCUCCCAGCACAUGAUGGCCAUGCGAGGAGCUGAUGGUCCCAUGGGUUUGACUGGUGUUCCUGGAGCAGUCGGGCCGAGUGGUCCAGAAGGUGCUAAAGGAGAACCGGGCGAAAUAGGAGAACCAGGUCCUCGUGGUCUUCGAGGACAAAUCGGUCUUCUGGGGCGAGAAGGAAGACGAGGCCGAGCUGGAAGAGAUGGGGAACGAGGAUCGGUUGGUGUUACUGGUUCGAAAGGAGAACCAGGCUCGGUUGGGUUACCAGGAUUUCCUGGAGAGAAAGGCGAUCGUGGCAGGAUUGGUAAUGUUGGUGAUAAAGGAACCCAAGGUCAUGAAGGAAUGCAAGGCGAAGAUGGUCCACCGGGAUUACCUGGAUUACCUGGAGAAUUGGGUCCACGAGGUUUCACUGGACCUAGAGGCUUUCCUGGCCCCACAGGAAAUCCUGGUCUUCCAGGAACAGAGGGUUUAACAGGAGUUAAAGGAAAUCCUGGCCCACAAGGACAACCCGGAGCACCAGGCCAAACCGGCUCAACCGGACCAGUGGGACCACCCGGACCACAAGGGAAUAUGGGUCCUCCUGGUAUGGCUGGACCUCAUGGGAAACCAGGUUUACCUGGACUGCCAGGUGCAGAUGGAGCCCCUGGUCGUGAAGGCAAUCCGGGUAUUGGGGGUCCAAAGGGUGAUAUUGGUCCUCAGGGAGUACAGGGUUCAAUUGGUUUUCCUGGAAAUCGAGGCCCGAAGGGUGAUGAUGGAGAUCGAGGUUCUCCUGGUGAUAAGGGAGAUAAAGGAGAGCAAGGACAUGACGGUGAAAAGGGUGAUAUGGGUGCACCUGGAGAAAGAGGUUCGUCUGGGCCACAGGGUGCUACUGGUAUUGAAGGACCAGAAGGUCCGAAAGGCUUUGAAGGACCUCGCGGGGAACCUGGUGUGAUGGGUCUUACUGGAGACAAAGGUAAACAAGGCGUACAAGGAUUUCCUGGAUACGCAGGGCCAUCUGGAGAUAAAGGUGAUAAAGGAUCCGUUGGGAUUCUAGGGUUAACAGGAGAUAAGGGCGAAAGGGGUAACACAGGCUUGCAAGGAGAACGGGGCGAAGUCGGGCCAAGAGGUUUCCGUGGACCACGAGGUCGUAGAGGAGCUGAUGGGACUCCUGGACCGAAAGGGGAUACUGGUCAGCCAGGUGCUCCAGGAGCUCAAGGUGAAAUGGGCACUCAAGGACUUGAAGGUCCCCGUGGUUUCAUUGGACUUCCUGGACCUCCGGGAAAUAAUGGAAAGGAUGGCCCACACGGAACUCCCGGUGAAAGAGGUCCUCCGGGCGAAAAUGGAAACCAAGGACCAACCGGAGCUGCUGGUGUUAUUGGUCCUCAAGGGCCUAAUGGUGAACCAGGCCCUGUUGGUGAGCCUGGUAUUCCCGGGUUACCUGGAAUGCCUGGUGAGCCUGGAGUUCCCGGUGAUAGUGGUAAAGAAGGACAAAUAGGACCUCCUGGGCCGCCUGGUAAGAAUGGACCUCCUGGAGGUCAAGGGCUUCCAGGUUUUCCAGGAGAUCGUGGAACGAUAGGAAUGCCAGGUCUUCCCGGACUAAAAGGUGAAAUUGGUGUACCUGGUCUUCAAGGUGCCGUUGGAGAUAAAGGACAACCAGGAGAACCGGGAAAAGAAGGACCACCGGGACCUGAGGGUCGACGUGGUCCAACGGGAUCUCCAGGCCCAGUCGGAUUAAAAGGUGAAAGAGGUGAAAUGGGUUUGAUUGGACCAAUUGGACGAGACGGUCUUCCUGGACAACGAGGCUUAACUGGUCCCCCUGGUCCGCAGGGCCCUCCUGGUGAAGAUGGAGACAAGGGUGAUAUUGGACCUCCGGGUGAGAAGGGUUUCAAAGGAGGAAAGGGCGAGGCCGGUCCGGUUGGUUCCCAAGGUGCUCAAGGAACGCGAGGUGAACCAGGUGCUGUUGGCCCGGCGGGAGAAAAAGGGCCACCGGGAGAAAUGGGCCGUGCCGGCUCGAAAGGUGAAGACGGACCCACGGGUUUGCCAGGUCCGCCAGGCCCGGCUGGAGCCCAAGGAAUGCCUGGUCCAUCAGGAAUCAAAGGUGGUCGUGGAGACGAUGGACCGAUUGGACCUGCUGGACCUAUUGGUCCACCUGGCGAACCAGGUAGAAGAGGACCCCGUGGAGCAGAAGGUGGUCCUGGAGCAACUGGUCCAGCGGGACCACAAGGUUUGGCGGGAGAACCCGGAACUCAAGGAUUACCAGGACCUCCAGGUCCUGAAGGUAAAGACGGCGAGAAAGGUUCAGUUGGGCCCAAAGGUGAGGAAGGAAAAAGUGGUGCUCCAGGACCACCUGGACUAAGAGGACCAACUGGCCCGGAAGGUCCAAAAGGUACGGUAGGUGUCCCUGGUUUUCCAGGUAAUCCGGGAGAGCCAGGUGUGGUUGGUCCUAAAGGAGAUACCGGUAAGGAUGGAGAAGAUGGAAAGCAAGGUGAACCUGGUCAAACAGGCGAACCAGGCCCUCCCGGUAUACCAGGUGAUGUAGGUCCUUCUGGCAAGAUGGGACCCGAGGGACCUGCGGGUUUGCAAGGAACACCAGGAUUACCCGGUGAGAAAGGUGAUCGAGGAUUACCAGGACCGAUCGGAAAUAUGGGAAUAACCGGACCGCAAGGCAUGCCGGGAUCACAAGGUUUACAAGGUUUAAGGGGAUCACCUGGACCUUCGGGGGAAGUUGGCCCAGCAGGAAAGCCAGGAGAUACAGGUCCCGCAGGGAAAACCGGUGAGACUGGCGCUAGAGGACAAAAGGGUGAUCGAGGCAAACGUGGUCCUAAAGGACAUCGUGGUGAACUGGGAAUGGUUGGAAUGAAAGGUGACUCGGGCGAGAAAGGAGAUAAAGGAAUAAAAGGCGAUGUAGGACCAGAAGGCUCGAAAGGGUCUCUUGGUCCUGUGGGUCCCAUCGGACUGAAAGGGAACGAAGGUCCGCAAGGAUCACCUGGAAUAGAAGGUCCGUUAGGACCCAAAGGUUCUGAAGGUGUUGCUGGAUUGAGAGGUGAUCCCGGUCCACCAGGACCACCGGGACCUCCAGGUCCACCAGCUGAAGCUCCGCUGAUUCCACCGGAGCUGCUGUUCAGAAUAGGUGAACUAUCGCUUACGAAAGGAGAAGACAGAAUGAAACGUGAGGCAGAAGAUGUACCCGAAGAUGAAGACGAUUUUGACGAAUCAAUACUUAAGAUUGAACCGAAGAAAAAGAAAAAGAAGAAGAAAGUGAAAGACGAUAUGGGACCAAAGUUCUUAGAUAUGUACAGCUCAAUCUAUUCAAUGAGGCAGGAAUUGGAUCGAAUGAGAAAACCAGUUGGAACUAGAGAAAAUCCGGGUAGAACUUGUCGUGAUCUUCACUAUGGCCAUCCUCAGUUCAAAGAUGGCUGGUAUUGGAUCGAUCCAAACUUGGGCAUGGCAGAUGAUGCAGUAUACGUGUACUGUAACAUGACAGCAGAAGGCGAAACGUGUGUCUUUUCGGAUUUGCAUAGCUCGCAGAUGCCAAACAUUCCGUGGCGAAAGGAAAAUGACAAGACGGAUUGGUACUCGAACCUUAGGGGCGGAUUUAGGAUUUCUUAUGAAACUAUCGGUGUUGUUCAGAUGACCUUCUUACGGAUAUUGUCGCAGGUUGCGUACCAGAACUUUACUUACACCUGCAUGAACAGCGUCGCUUGGUAUAGCACCGUAGAAGAAAAUCACGACAAUGCUAUUCGCUUCCUUGGAGAUAAUGAAAUCGAUAUUGGCUACGAAAACUCUAAACUACGACCAAAUGUGCUGGUUGAUGGUUGCAAAACUGGUAAAAGUAAGAGUGAGACAAUUUUCGAGAUUCGCACCAACAAACUUCAGUAUUUACCAAUUAUUGACUUUUAUCCUGUGGAUUACGGCCAACCGCAGCAAGCUUUCGGUUUUCAGGUGGGCCCAGUGUGUUUUAAGUAAUUGAAUGAAAUUGAUUUUGACCUACGCUUUACGUAUACGGAACACGAUGAAAUGGUUUAUGAAACGUGACACUCCUAAGAAAUUUUAUUAUUGAGUCCUAGUAUAGGUUGAAUGAUAUACUUUUAAGUCGUAAUUUAAUUAUUUUUAAGAACUAUAAGCAUGAAAACACUCACACACAUAGUGCUUACGUAGAAUUAAUCAGGGGAACUAUCCUAAUUUAAUGUUUAAAACAAAACUACAAUGGACUGAUAACAUCAUAAGUCAGGAGGGGAAUCUACCAUAAAAAACAUCUUAGUUGUAACAUUUGUGCAAACCUGUGAACAUGUAUAAUCACUGCCAAAUACCUGAUUUUAAAGCUGUUGAAAUUUGAAU